AUGGACUUGGUCGAGAUUUUCUACGAUCCUGCCGAGCCUAAAGGCGCUCAGGUUACGUUUCGACUGCAGAAAACUGGCGAGCGCAUCGUCGUAUCCCUUUUCAAAUCCGAUACGGUAGAGACGUCUGCUGAUGCGUCAGGGAAUUUGCCAUUAGUCGACCAAGUGAUACAGCUCUUUGGUCAAUCUCUUGUCACGGACAAUUACAUCGCGUCUCAAAUUCUGCAGGGCGACGCUCUCGACCCCAUCUACCAAGCCGUCGAUUCCAUGAUUUCAGAGUCAGAGAUCAUCAACCGAGAUACCGAAUGGAGAUGA